AUGCAAUUACUAUCUCGCAACGCUGCGCUCAACGGCAAUGCGCCAUCCGUAUACGCGACGCUUGUAAUUGUAGUUACACGCGAUUGCAUUGUUACAAAUAUUCCGGUCGCACAAGUUGCGCCCAUCGCCAGUCUCAAGAUAGGUUCCACUCUAAAUCCGAAGAAUAUCAAGGAGGGCUCCGAUGUUUACUUCGAAUGCAACGUCAGGGCAAAUCCCAGAUCGUACAAAUUGACCUGGUUUCAUGAGAAAGAGGAGUUGCAUCACAACGUCACCGCCGGCGUGGUGCUGUCGGACCACUCGCUGGUGCUGCAGAGCAUAACUCGAGAGUCCGCCGGAGGGUAUACCUGCAUGGCCACGAACAUUGAGGGUCGCGCCAAGUCCAACGUAGUCAAUCUCGAGGUUAUGUUUGCGCCCGUGUGCAAGUACGUACUGAACAAGGGCGGAGGCUGGAGACACCAGAACGCCACCCCGCCACCGUUCAACAUGCCCGAGGAAGUGCACGGCGCCCUCAAGCACGAGACCAUAAGUUUAGUUUGCGAGGUCGAGGCCAGCCCCACCAACGUAACCUUCCAUUGGACCUUCAACAACAGCGGCGACCUCAGCGACGUUCCGUCCACCUACUAUAGCAAUGAGGGCACAACCAGCAGGCUUAAUUACACCCCGGUAACCGAUACAGAUUACGGGACCCUGGGCUGCUGGGCCAGCAAUUCCGUUGGUCAUUCCAAGCAACCCUGCCUCUAUCAAGUCAUUGCUGCAGGCAGACCUUACCCGUUGCAGAACUGCACGACCUACAACAUAAAUGGUUCCUGGGUGAGGAUAUCCUGCGUCGAGGGAUACGAUGGCGGUCUGCCGCAGAAAUUCGUUGCCAUCGUUGGCAAACGGCGUUUGGAAUCAUCUCUCCCAUUCUGGGAGUUUCAGAUGCUCAAGCCGGCGAAAGUCGCCCUUUACGCGGUAAACGCGAAGGGAUCGAGCGAGCCAUAUGCCAUAGAGGUUGUCUUGAAAGGAGUAGCCAAAUUCACCGGUGAAUCGACAUCCUCGACCGACAUGUCACCGAUCUUGAUUGGACUUGGUGGCACGGCGACCGGUCUGGGGUUAAUCGUGACCGGUGUGCUAAUGGCACUCUGGAGGAGACACGCAGCCACCCCGGCGAAACCAAAACCGCCGCAGCAGCCCAGCAUCGCGACUUUCGCGGGGAAGGGCGACGAGGAGGACGGCAAUCCGGAUCUCAUACCCACGACGGCCUUGACCAACCAUCUCACUGACAGAAAGCUUCCUCGUUACGGGUCCCUGCCACGAAGACCACGUCAGCUGGAAGGACGCGAGAUGUCCCACGACGUCCUAGAAGAUUCUGAUUAUCCGAGAGCAUCGCCGAACACAUUCUACAGUCUCCAAAGGCCGCACUCGGAGUCGAUCAGCAGGAGCAUUCAGGAGAGCUGCAUUUAAGGGUCAAACGCCGGUUGGGACAUUAGAGAAGUGGGCGGACAACAGUCUAGACGGAUGGACGAAAAGAUCCAGACGUCUGCUGCAUCGUCUAACUUCUGGGUCGUCGACCAUCGUUCAACAGGGUAUAGAAGGCCCCUGGACCAUGGCUGAUGUUGCAGGCUGGGAGCAGGGAGAUGAGAAAAGGAGAAGUCACACGCUUGUGCCACGUUUUGCACGCGUUCAAGCGUACCAAAGUCAUUUAUAUAGCCACUUGAUUCA